AUGUCCGAUUCGGCCUCCGAUACGCUCGAGGGUCCCUUUCAUUCCGGGAAGGGCGCUCUGUUGAUGGACGACGUUGGUGAGCUGUACGGAAGUCGGCUCCGUUCCCUCACACCGACCACCAGUGGUAGUGGUCGUGCUGGUGGCGGAGGUAAGAAAGACGCAGGUUACGAGAUCGGUGGAAGUGGUUCGUUCCAGCAACAGCGCCGGGAAGUGAUGUCACCGAUGGGAGAUUCGCCUGCGGGAAAUGAACAGGAGGAAACGAUGCUGCCGACAUCGACGACGGAUGACCGGGAACCGGUAUCGAACACUGCACGGACCCGCUAUACGGCCUCUCAGCUGCUGGCUCUGCGCGAUUCGGACCUAUCCAAGGUGCGUCCACCCUGCAUGGAUGAUGCCAAAUCGGAAAAACACCUGAAGAUGAUUUCCAUGCUGGUACGCCGCUCCGAAACGCCCUAUGACGAUGACGGUCCGAAUGGUGGAGGUGGCGGCGCUGGCAGUGGUGGGGGCUACGGACGCAACCGUUCAUCGUACGGUGGAGGUGGCACAUCAGCAGGUGGCUCUGCCAGUGGUGGAUCACUCGCCGGAAGCAACAAUAUCACGAAUGUCACGAUGAGUCGAAGCGAAAUGCGUCGUUCCGGAGGUGGCAGCGGCGGAAGUGGAGCAGGAGGUAUGGCUGAUCCAAAGGAAAGGCUGCGCAAGGAGGAAGGCAUCGUGCUAUCGCCGCAGCGUCGUUCGUUUAACAUGGGUUGUCAAAUGCCAUCCGCACCGUCAUCGUCUGGUGCAGGAAACCUGGGUCUGCCUGGUAGCUUGCUGCGUUCUGAUCGGGAUAUGCUUGGCGGUGGAGGUGGUGGAGGUAGUGGCGGCGGUGCCCGGGAGCGUAGAAUCGGUAGCGGCCGUAUUAUGACGCGUGACAGCAUGUGGGAAUACCGGAUGGAAUCGGGUGACUAUCGCACUGGAAGUGGUGGGAAUUCGUCGUCGUCCGGUGGAUUCCGGGACCGGGAACCGAUGCGUGACGGGAAGGAGGGAAAGGAUGGUCCACGAGGUCGAAAUAGCGAUGGGCGCAACCUGCAGGAUAAAGAUUAUCAUGACGAUGGGCGCGGGUACGACAGGGACGCUCGGGAAACCCGCGAGCGGCGUGAUCGAUGGGAGAAAAAUGACAACGGACGUGGUCCGAUGCGAGGUUUUCACAAGGGUGGAUCGUCCGGUGGCUAUGGAGAGGGGCGCGGUGAUGGGUGGAAUUACGGAUACAACAACUACGGUACGGGAGGAAACUAUGGCUCCAAUAACAACAGUCAUCACCAUCAUCAUCAUCACCACCAUGGUGGUGGUGGUGGUAUGUCGUACGGUGAUCGUCGACGCUACAACAGCGACAACGGGCGCGACAACGAGGAACCGGAGUGGUUCAGCGAGCCAACCACUCAGCACGACACGAUCGAGUUGCGCGGAUUUGAUGAAACGGUGUCCGAACAUGGAAGCGAAUCGGCUGGCGAAACGAACAGUGGUAAUACGAACGAUUCCGGAUCGUCUGAUCAUCAACCCGAUCAGCAGUCUACCGAACCACAGUCCAUGAAUGAGGAGGUCGAUCCGGAGGCGGAUGAAACGCGUCACCCUGGCACCAGAACUUGCGAGCAGGACAUUUUGAAGAUGAUCGAAGGUGUGGAAGAAUCCGAACGACCGAAAGAUGGCACUGUGAACGAGAAUGGCAUACAGAAGGCGGGCGAUCAAUCGUCCCCAUCGCAGCCACCGACCGGCGACGAAUCCAUUAACGAAGAUAUGCGCCUAAUGGAGGAACUGUGCGGAUUCCGCGAUAAGGGGCUGAACGAGUACAACGCUAUGGACAUGAUAAAGAACACUUACUCCAACAUGCUGAAUGAUGUUAGUGGUGGGAGUCGUUUUUCGCAAUUUUUCCGUCAGGAGAACGAUAAGGGAAACACGAAUGAAGGAAAAGAUACUCGCAGCCGUCAAAAUUCCCUACACGAAGACAUCGACAAGAUGAUGAAGGAUAUUGCGACGUUCGAGGAGAACACGAAUGCAACGUCGGCCUCGUGCAAUAAGUACUUUGCACCGAUCUCACCGGCAGCGACAUCGAACUCGUCGCAAUCAUUCCUCGAGCUGUUCAACCGUUCGGCGGCGAUGAAGAACCAGCUGGAUCCACAGAUGGCACAGCAACAGCAGCAGCGACAGCAACAACCGCAUCCUCAUCAACAGCAACAUCCUCAACCGAUGGAACCAAACCAACCGUUCGAUAGGCAUGCGAUGCAGCACAUCAAAUCGAUGAUGAGCGACGAACAGCAGCAAAAGCAACAGCUGCACCAUGAACACCAGCAGCAGCUGCAGAAUCGCAAUCUGCAGCAAAUGUUGGGCGUUACGGGUAGCAAUGCGUCUGCCACACCACCGGUUGGUGAGCGUGCUCCGGUACCGCUCAUAUCUAGCCUUGGUUCCAUGCCGAGCCCGGCCAGUCUGGGCCAGGUGCACAGCGUCGAAGAGCUGGAGGCACACUUCCGCCUUUCCGAUUUGAACGGUGAUGUGGGCGGUUCUGGCACCGGGUCCACCAACGCUGGCAUGGCUGGUGGUGGUGCAGUCAGUGGUAGAGCUUCCGUGGCGAACGAAUCAUUCCCGGAACCGCUCGCUAUUGGUUCCAUCCCACGACUGAUAAUGCCGGGUAAUGAUCCGGCGAUCGGGGCGAUUCAUUCGCAGGCACCACCAGCACCACCGGCACCGGACAACGGUGCUAUACGGCAACAGGAGCUGCUCGCAUUCAAGAAGCUGCUCAACCAGAUGAGCGAGAACCAGGUGAACGGUGUAGGGCCGGCAGCACCGCCGCAACCGGUACCACCAACAUCCGUACCGCACCAAAACCAUCCAGCGCAUCCGGCACAUGCGGCGCACAUGGCCGCGGUUGUACAGCAUCAGAGUGGACAAGGUCCACACCAGGGCACAACAAUGACCGCACUUCCGGCCAUGCUUCAGAUGAUGCACAUGGCGCCGAUGCCACACCCAGGAACUGAUCAGCGCCAUACCGAAUUGCUGAAGCGUCCGGAAACGCAAUCCCUGAUGAUGGCUGUAGCGCACGGCGAAGUGUCCCAUCACAGUCUCUGGCAACAACUGACAAACCCAGCGACGGUCCAAUCACACCGCGAAAUCAUUUCCGCCGUGCUGGGCGCUUGCAACGGUGGGUCUCGUGUCGUGUCACCGAGCUUACUCCUCAAUCCGAACAGUAUUCAACCACCGAUGCCAAUGCCGAUUCCACCACCGCCAGCUCCCGCCGGUGCCAACGCGAAUCUGCUGUUUCAUCCCAAGCAGCAAGUACGCCUUUCGCCGCUGCCCAACGGGAUGCCGCAGCGGAUUCCGUCACCCCGUGAGCUGCAGUACCACACGCAGUCCAUCCUGCAGAACGCACUGAUCCGGAAAAAGCUGGAGGAGCAGCGUGAGAAUUAUCGCAAAAGACAGGAGCAACAGCAACAACAGCAGCAACAACAACAGCAGCCGCAACAGCAACAACCACCGGUGCAACAGCAGCAGCAACAACAACCAACACAACCGCAGCAACCACAAUCUUCAUCUCAACCACAAACACAACAGCCGCAACAAGCUCAACAGUCGGAGCAGGCCCAGCAGGAGUUGCAUGCGAAAAUGAAGGAACAGACACCACCGUCGCAACCGAUGCAAAACUUUCCCCAUCUGCCACAGCCGGAACAAGAGCAGGUGAUGCAGCAUCAUCCACCAGGGCCGGUGGAAUCGGCACAGGAGCCGCGCCAACAUUCCAACGUUCCAAAUGAUCAACAGCAACAGGCACCACAGCAACCGACACCAUCCCAGGGACAGUCAGGUGCAAAUGCUGCAGAAACGGUUGCAAUGGUGUCGCCAUCCACUGCUAUGCUGAAGGGUGGUCCAGGGCGUAUGAUUAGCUGCUCUACCGCGAACUCUGUCUCACCAUCGAAGCAAAACGUAAUGCAAACGCAACAAGUUGCUUCAUCGCCGACGCCGCUAGCAUUCACUCCUACGUCCGUGCUGCGCAAAAUGACUGCCGCCCAGGAGAAGGAACCGGACGGUGCGAUGCCGCACCAUAUUCAGCAGCUGCCACCCCAACAACAGCAGCAAGGUCCUUUACCCCAGCAACUGGCAUUACCUGCCCACCAGCAGAUGAUGCUGAACGAACAGCAGCAGCACAUGCCACCGCACGUCGAUGCGGGCCGGAUGGGGGUUAACAUAACUGCGCUGAUCGAAAUGCAACAUCAGCAGUAUAUCAAGCAGCAAAUACAUAUGCAGCAGCAGAAAGCGCCGUUCCCGCUGCACCCACAUCCCGGUCAGCAUCCGGUGAUGCAUCCGAUGCAACCCCCACAACCAGGGGCUCAGCAGCAACAGCCGCAGUCGGGACCCGGGUUCCCAACCGAAUCUCAACCACCGCAGACGGAUCAUCAACAGCAGCAGCAACAGCGUAACAUGGCAGGACAACCGUCACCGUUCGGGCCACAAGGAGGUGGGCCUCAUCCACCGCCGAUGAAUAUGAUACACCACCACGGACCGGGUAUUACGCAGAACCAUCUGCCCGUCGUGGCGGCGAUAAUGAAUCCAAUGAAUCCGAUCCCGUCGUCAGUGGUUGGUGCGAUGCGGAGCAUGCAGCCAGCGAUGGCCAACAACAUUCCGUGGAAUCUGAAACAGUUGCAGCAACAGCAACAACAACAGCAACAGCAGCAGCAGCAGCAGCAACAGCAACAACCACAAACGAAUCUAACGCAAACACAACAAUCACAACCGGGUGGUGGUGGUGGUGGGCAACAACUGUUACCACAGCAGCUUGCUCAACAGCAGCAGCAAAAUCAACAGCAACAAUCCCAACAACAGCAACCACCACAGCAGCAACAACAACAGCACAUUGCUAUGCCGAAACCGCAAGGCAGACCCAUCUUGAAAGGAGGUAGUGGAAACGGUGGACAAGUACCGCAACAGCUGCACCAGCAGCAGCAACAACAGCAGCAGCAACAGCAAAUGCCGCUGAUACAUUCACUACCACAGCAUGCCCUCUCGCCAAUGAACUUUCCUGGCAACAUGGAUUUCCAGCAGCAGCCGUUCAACAACAACCGUAGCGGUAAUCCGAUUCUAGGUGCGCAUCACCCCAUAUCACAGCAACCAUUGGCAUCGCAGCAAGGUCAGCAACAGCAGCAGCAACCGCAACAGCAACCGCAGCAGCAACAUUCACCCAACAUUAUCAGUCCCCAUAUGCAGCAGUUGUUGCAUCAACAACGUCAUCAGCAGCAGCAACAGCAGCAGCGUGCUAUCCGUAAUCAGCACGUACAGCAGCAUAUGGCAAUGGCCCCGCAGCAAGCGUUCCGGCUUCCCAACAUGUCCGUUGGUGGUCAACAGCAGCAGCAGCAGCAGCAGCAGAACGCAUCAGUCAACGCACCUCCGUCCGGUGGUGUAAUUAACUACAACCGUGACGGUGGGCUAUCGCCGACCAGCAACCAGCUGGCGCGCUGGUUUUCACCCGAGCUGCUCGCCCAAGCCUCGGCAGGUAAGCUUCCGUCGCUUAACGCCGGUCAGGCGAUGAGCCUGGAGGAGUUCGAACGCAACAUUCAACACUCUUCGACCACUGUACAUAACUAA